ACACACACACACACACACACACACACACUCCUCUUCAUUCCCUACUUAAGGCUAAUGCUCCUUGCUUUGAAUUGUUAAAUCCCACACAUGGCCAUACAUCCAUCUGGACACGUCUAUGCUAGCAGAAUGCUAUACAUGUUCUCAGGAUUACUCUCGCUCCUGCUGGAUGUAGCCUUAAUUUCGGGUCAGAGAACAGAAGGCCUGCUCAGACCUGAAGAAGCAAUCAAAAAUGGCACAGAGCAAACCAAGUUUCACAAUGCUAACCAUAUUUCCGGUAAGAAUAGCCUCAUCCUCCAAGGAAACAUGACUGGCAAUGUCACUUCUGAAGAUCAAGAGAAUUUCCAGGAUCAGGAGAAAAUACAUCACUAUCAUCGGUGUAAUGAAACAUUGCUCUAUGAAUAUGGAUACCUUUGCUUGUUCGAAUUUGAUUUGAGAAUGGACAUGCUGGGGGACGAAAAUUGGUGUGAUUGGGAGCAGGUGCUCAGUAAUUACAAUGGACUGACGCACUGCCUGGAGAAGAUUACCACCUAUGCAAAGUGUUACUACCCCAAUGCAGCUGUGCAGGAGAUGUUCGUGGAAGCCCACAAAAAGUACUUCAGCUCGUGCAGCACUAAAGAGGACAAUCUCCCAGAUGCCCCAGCAAAGGUUGUUCUUGUACUCACCCUGCUGCCUGUCAGCGUCAUUCCCAUACUGGUCUAUAUAGUCAUCAGGAAGAGUAGCGCUAUUGACUGAGAAUGGCAAAGACAUACAGUUUAGUGCUAUUUUAUGCACUUCAAUUGAAAUGAUCCGAUUUAUAAAGUUGUAAAGCAAUACAUUUAAAUACAAUGUAAAGAAAUCAAUGUACAUAAGAUGUCUGUUAUUACUUCAAAGACAAGAACAUAUAAUAAUAAUAAUAAUAAUAAUAAUAAUAAUAAUAAUAAUAGUUGUGUGUAUGAGCUAUGCCUUAAAAUCGCUCAGCCUCCUAAUGACAACAGAUUGCAACCUGUGUGCUAAUUUUCAAGAUUUUUUUAAACAAAAGUCCUGUGUGAAAAAAUUAUUAUAAUAAUACUUAGUAAUAAUAAUAAGAAGAAGAAGAAGAAGAAAAAGCUCACUCUGACAAGUAAAACUAUUGCUAUGGUGGUGAUUUAAAAAAUUAACUGAGUAAAUAUAUUGUUUGCUUAAAAAAACUUUCAUCUACUUUGCAAAUCAUGUUUACUUUUACAAAUGCCGACAAAUUAAUUAAAAUUGUGUUAACUAUCCCUGUGGGCUACUGUAUGUGUAACAGUAAACAAAAGCUGGCUAGCAAAAUUUCCUAGCUAGCUAGCUUAUGUCAUUUUUAGCUACGUAAUUAGCCAACUUACUCCUUAUUCUGAGUGACACCUAUUAACUGGAGAAUAUAUUUAGCUUAACAGGCAGCUAUUACUGAACAGUGAAGCGACAAGUUUAUUACAGAGCAUUCAUACUCUACAACUUGCAAAGUUCUGGCUAAGCUAGUCUCGCUAACAUUGCUAGCUAAUGUCUUGCCUGUAAAUGUUACCUCAGGUUGGAUAUUCCUUCAGAUUUCCAGCAGCCAUUAGUUAUCCAUUUGUAAUGAAAUAUAUCACAACGCGUAAACACUAAAGAAUUUCUCACACACGAUUGCGAUCAAAAUCAAUAUGGAGUAAUGAAUACAAAGAACCAAGUGAGGCAAAAUCUAAUAGGGAAAAGUGAGUUUUUGGUGGGUGGUAGGUUCUUCAUUUGACUGAUGUACUGUGUUGCAUUCUUUGUUCUAAACUAUCAAUGAAAUUAAACUAUACUCUUUGUAGUCUUUUAUUA